GGCCUUCUGGCAUUUGGCAUCAAUGCAAUAUUGGAGAUCCUCUCGGAGGCCUUUAUUCUUGGGUUCCCAAGCGAUAGAGCCUAUGGGCGACUCUGCCGCUUCUACAACCUCAGAGUCUAUGGCAGAGGUCUUCAUAGGAUAGCGCUUGAUUGCGCUUCGCCUUUCUCUCAUGGGUGUGACAAUGAGAGCACUGCUUCUUGCCCAAAUGAUGGUGCAAGUUCCCCCUCAAGAUUUCUAACGGGGGAUUAUAGGAGUAACUAG